AUGGGGAAUCAUGGAGGUGAUAUGACUUGUAUGUGUCAUCUAGUAGAUCUUUGGGCACAUGUUCAUUUCCAUGGGCAGUUAAUUGUCCAGUCAUUUACUGCCUUCAUUUUAGGGUGGUCACCUGAAAAAGUGAGGUCACCAUCUGGACGGCCAGCAAAGCUUGUGGAAGAACAACGUUCACAUGUACCAAAGUUUGGGAAUUGGGAAGGUGAAGAAAAUGUUCCUUACACAGCCUAUUUCGAUAAGGCCCGUAAGGGUCGAACAGGGCCAGGGGGAAAGAUGAUUAAUCCAAAUGACCCCCAACAGAACCAGGAUAUGCUUUCUGAUAUAUCUUCAUCCGCAUCAUCUCCUCCAAAAGUUAGAGCUGAACCAGAAAGAUCAGUUGAUGAACAGAGAAGAAGCAGGGAGGAUAAUGACCUAAGGCAAUUUGCCAACUCUCCAGCCCAUCGUGAAAAUUUGGGUCGCAGAACUUCUGGUGAGGCAGCAAAUCAACCUUACAGAGGCCGUGGAGUAAGUUCUGGUGAAACCCAUCGAAAACCUGCACGACCAAGUUCUGGCUCUGAGUACAGUGUUGAACGUUCACCUCUCCAUCGCAAUGCAAGGGUCUCAGGGAGAGAUUCUCCCUCCUGGGAAGGAAAGGCUUCAUAUGAAAGUAGCCAUGGUACUCCUGGAAGAUCCCGUCUUAAACCUCGUGAUGAAAGUCCUGAGAAAGGUGCUGCUGUUCCGAAAUUUGGCGAGUGGGAUGAGAAUGAUCCUGCAUCAGCUGACGGUUUCACUCACAUUUUCAACAAAGUGAGGGAGGAGAAGGCAGGGAAAGCACCAGGCACUCCUUCUCAGUCAUCGUACCACGAUGCACGGAAGCAGGCUGCCAAUGACACUGCUAAGAGUUGCUGCUUUCCAUGGAGCAGAAAAUGA